AUUGUCGACUUUACCUGCGGAUAAAAAUUUGAAAUUAUAAUAACAGUAACAUGGAGUUUAAAAAUCAAAGUAAAUCAAAGUGUUCAAGGCAUUAAUAAUAACAAGUACGAUAUUUGUUAAUGUAAGUUCAAAAAACGCUCUUAUAAAAUAAGAUCCUCGGGUCAAGUUUGAUUCAAAAAUUGUGAAAAUUCUCAAAAGUUGGUCCACAUUGUUAAAUCUCCCAAAGCUGGCAAUGAAUAAAGAAGAAAGUUUGAACGACGCACGUCCAGCGUCUCAAGAGCUGCACAGUCCUUCCCGUCUUUGCUACACACCGCCGCCACAAUCACUUGGACAGGCGCCACCGCCGCCACCUGCAGUCCCACUUUCCACGUCCAGUCGUCUGCUUAGCUGGAACCACAGCGCAGCGGCAGCAGCAGCGGCGGCAGCUGCAGCAGCCGUCGCCUCCAAUCCCCCACCUUCAUCUUCAGCGGUGCAAUUGGCAGCGGAUCAAGCAGCCGGCGGACCACGCAUCAAGGGACAAAACCUGGGCCUGAUCUGCGUCGUCUGUGGCGACACCAGCUCCGGCAAACACUACGGCAUAUUGGCCUGCAAUGGUUGCUCCGGUUUCUUCAAGCGCAGCGUUCGUCGCAAACUAAUUUAUCGCUGUCAGGCGGGCACUGGACGCUGUGUUGUCGACAAAGCGCAUCGGAAUCAAUGCCAGGCCUGUAGGCUCAAGAAGUGCCUUCAAAUGGGAAUGAACAAGGAUGCGGUGCAAAAUGAGCGACAGCCAAGAAACACGGCCACUAUACGGCCGGAGACACUGCGGGAGAUGGAGCACGGACGUGCGUUGCGCGAGGCUGCAGUAGCCGUCGGUGUUUUCGGACCACCCGUGCUACUUUCGCCGCCCUGCUACGGCUCCGGUUUGCUGCCACCGCCAUCACUCAGCAGCCUGCCGACGGGACGUCUGCUGCACCACAACCACCUCAGCACUUCCAUGCUGGCUCAAAAUCACAUGAAUCAUGCCGCCAACUUUCCCGUGUUCAAUGCCGGACUCCAUCACUCGCCCAAGGAGAAGGCCUACGGCGGCGCCAUGGAACUCUCCAGCAGCGGCAAUGUCUCGCACUCCACCAACUCCAGCAGCAAUCACUCCAUAGAUCCUAGUUCACCCGCACCUGAUGCAGCGCAGGACAAGAACAAUGCUGGCGGUAGUGUGUCCUCCAUAAGCUCUUCGAGUCCCAUGCCAGAGAAUGAUAACGAUGAUGAUUCCAUCGAUGUGACCAACGAUGAGGAGCCCCAUGCCGGCAACAAGCCAGACGCCAACUUCAUUAUGCCACAGUUUAUGUCGCCAAAUCUGUACACACACCAACAUGAGACGGUUUAUGAAACGAGUGCACGACUCCUGUUUAUGGCUGUGAAAUGGGCCAAGAACCUGCCCAGCUUUGCAAGGCUUUCGUUUAGGGAUCAGGUUAUACUAUUGGAAGAGUCCUGGUCGGAGCUCUUCUUACUGAAUGCCAUUCAGUGGUGCAUUCCUCUAGACCCCACAGGAUGUGCCCUUUUCUCAGUGGCCGAGCAUUGCAAUAAUUUGGAGAACAACGCCAAUGGUGAAAACUGCGUCACAAAGGAGGAGAUGGCAGCUGAUGUGCGAACUCUCCACGAGAUCUUUUGCAAAUACAAAGCGGUACUCGUGGAUCCUGCGGAAUUCGCGUGCCUUAAGGCAAUUGUGCUAUUCAGACCCGAAACUCGUGGCCUUAAGGAUCCUGCACAAAUUGAGAACCUACAGGAUCAGGCGCAUGUGAUGUUAUCGCAGCACACGAAGACGCAAUUCUCCGCACAAAUAGCCCGAUUUGGCCGUCUGCUGCUCAUGCUGCCUCUUUUGCGUAUGAUUAGCUCCCACAAGAUCGAAUCGAUUUACUUUCAGCGCACCAUCGGGAACACGCCUAUGGAGAAGGUGCUCUGCGAUAUGUAUAAAAAUUAG